AUGAUGGCGUCGUACGCGCUGGAGCUGCAUGCGCUCAAGGCGGAGCUGCAGAGCACUCUGGCGCGUUUAGGCGUGGACCCAAUCAGCUCUGACGACGACGCAGCCCAGAACACCGCUCCAGCCAUCUCAGAACCCGCAAGACGACGCUCUCGACGUCGCCCUACGCGAUGGAACCGACGUCGACUGACACAGGAGCUGGCUGCAGCUUCUCAGAGGCGACAGGAGUUCGAGAGGCAGUUGCAGCAGGAGAUACAGAGGCGGGAGGAAGAUGGACAUCAACAGGACCAAAAUGAAUCGCACAGAACAGCGUGGCAGGCUGCGAUCACGGAGCUCCAGCAGCAACGAGCGGAGAUCAGGCGGCAGAUGGAGCAGGACACCACCACGAAUACAGUACAGACUGAAGAAGCUCAGCCGAUACAGAAUCAGGUGUCUAGUUUUCCUAUAGGGAACAGCGAGGAGAAUCAGUUUUCUAUCGGUGGAGUGGUGACUUUGGAGCCGUUGUCUUCAUCACAACGGGGCCAAGUGGCGACGUUCACAAGUUCGAGGAGUGGCGUGUCGUUCCAACCUGUCGCUCCCGUCUCUGCUUCUGCGUGUGGACCUCUGUCAGUGUUGGAUACUUUUCCGAGGUAUCGCCCGACACCUGAUGCGCUGACCGACGUGUUCUCGCUGCAACUCAAGUUCGCUGAGACGAUGCUGAAGCUCGAGAAAUCCGUACAAACGCGCGACCAAUUACUGCAUUAUGGAGCUUCGACUCAACGGACUGCAACACGCUCUAGAGAGCAGCAUGACCGGACUCGUCGUCGUCAACGCAGACGAUCUGAAAGUGGCUCCACCGGCGACCCCAGUGUCGUGUACCGAGCAAGCCACAGCGAGUCGUUCAGCUCAAGCGCGCACUCCUUCUCGUCGCUGGAUUCAACGCCACAUCGUCCGAGUGUCCGAGUGCGCUAUCCGAACUUCGGAGUGUCGAGAGCGACCACAGCCGAGACGCUCGCACCUUCCUCAUCGGGUGCAGAGCAUUCGCCUGAGUCCGAGACGAAUGACGCAGCCAGGACGCUACCGCUUCAGGAACCGCCGACAGAUACUGACCGAACGCCCACCACUGGCAGCAGCGUGACCACUCCAACCACUGGAAGCGACCAGAAAUCCAACACGUCAUCGUCCAAGCAAGUCCGUUUCGGUGAAGACGCCUACUCCACGCCAAUCCUUGCUCGAAAGUUCAACUUCGAUGGACCGUCAAUGGACGAAGAUGACGACGAGGAGAAGGAGCAAGAGCUGGAGAGUGUGUUGAGCUUCCUUGACGGGUCCAGCGUUACCAGCGUCGAACUGAACGACGCGUCCUUCCUUCGCGCUUUUGAGCGCUUCCGGCGGGAGCUGAACGUGUCCAGUAGACGCAACACUAUUCAAUCGCCACAGCCACCGCUGGCGAGGAAACUUUUUCCAGGGCCGAGUGAUGCGGUGGCAGGAGAUGUAGAUACCUCAGUUGCAUCUGCUGGUCACGACGAUGGCCGCAACACCGAGCUAGAAAGUUGA